UUGUGAUCAGUGUCUGGGAUUUAUUAAUAUGUACUGUGAUGCAUUGUGAUAACAAACGAUGACGAACGCUGUAGUGUGACGUUACGUAAUGCAUCACAAACUUUUAUACUGUUUAGUCAAAAAAUAUAUCGUGCAUGGUAUAACGCCGAGAUAGAUCGCUCAGCUUCUACUUCCAGUACUAAUAAUCAAUUCACGAGUGGGACGCCAUCAAUAGCAGCCACGUUCGCCGAUUUUAAAAAACGAAAAGAGAUUGAGAGGCAGUCCCAUUUUAAACCUAAUAAAAGAAAUCGACAGGCAGAAGGGACACGCAGCAAGUCAAAAGAUGAGGUCAUUAUCAACGUUGGUUUAAUGGAAUACGAGUAUGGUGAGGCGAAAGUACAACGUAUCAAAUCUUUUCCUGUGAAGUUGACCAAAGUCAUGAGCUAUGACGAAGUAAGGGAAAGAUCAGUGAAGAAGUGGGAAGACUAUGACAGAAGCUUCAGCCGAGACCGUGUUACGUAUUGGUUUUUCCUGAUGGAAAAAUAGCUAAAAAGAUACCUGGCAGCUGUGAAGAGUUCACUUUGAGAAAAUACUAUCUUUAGUAUUUUCUCAAAGUGAACUCUGGUAUCUUUGUCCAGCAACUGAAAAGAAAGAGACCAGUAUGCUACCUAUUACAAAUUGGUUAAGUGAUGAGGAAAAUGAGAUUCGUGCAAUAGAGAGAGCUAUGGGCUGUGAUUCUGAUGAUGACUGGAUUGACUGCAACAAUGUACCAUCAUCAAAUAUUGUAAUUGGCAAAUCCAGUGAAAAUGUUGAUGAACCAUCGAUUAAUCUGAACAAAGCUGAAUGUAAUCAUUCCGUUCCACUGUUUGAAGUUGCUGAUUUCUUGCCUGUUGGUUUAGAUGAGAACAUGGCUGUCCAAAAAGCUAUAAAUGAAAGCAUCCAACAACUUGGAAGUAAUGAGGAUAUAGUGUCACUGAAUGAUCAAUCUGUUUGCCUGGACUAUGAACAUGCUGUUAGGUUGAUAAGGGAGCAUUCAGCUGCAGUUGUUCAUGGGGAACCCCGUAGUGUGGUAGUAAGCCGGUUAAGCAUGUGGGAUACAGCAAAACCUUAUUUUGAAAGGAAAAAGUUCCUGGAGAAGUAUAGUUUCCUGUGUGUCACUUUCGCUUCAUUUGAGAAGCAAGAGGAUGCUAUCGAUAAUGGUGGUCCUCGUUGA